AGUAUGGGCAGACGGCAAACAGUUAAUUUAUGGCAGUUUUGUAAACAUUCGCCAGGGGGGGAUGCCGAGGUGCUGCGUGAGGUGAUGCAGAAAGCUGUCAGUGCUAGGAGGAAGACCACAGAACCUUGGAAUGGAGAACAGAAAGAACCUUCAGUUUGGGAAACUGUCUCAAACACCGCUCGAGCAUACAGUAGCAUUCAUAGAGGAGCACUUGCAGGAGCCCAGGAUACUGAUCUGUAUCCGAGACCACUGGAAAAAUACAUUCAGGUCUUUCGGGAGAUGGAAUUCCCAAAUAUCCAUAAUUUAAUCCCACCUUUAUUUCACACCAUCUGCCUGAUAUGGAGCCACUCCAAGUUCUACAGCAUGCCUGCAUGA